GGCCCCAGAGUGGGGAGGCGGCGUCCGGGAGCCCCCGGAGGAGGAUGGGCUGCGGACUUAGCAAACUGAGCUGCUGCACAACCCGCAAAAAGAGGCACCAAGAACCAGAUCAUCCACCCAAACCAGAACCACAAGAAUUGGAUCUCCUUAAUAAGGACACAGCUACAGCCACUGCUGUCCAGCCAUGUGCAUCUGAGGAGGCUAAGCAGCAUCAGAAAGACAUUACCAGAAUUCUCCAGCAACACGAAGAGGAAAAGAAGAAAUGGGCAGAACAGGUGGAGAAGGAGCGGACACUAGAGCUUCAGGAGAGGCUGGAAGAGCAGCGAAGAGUCCUGGAAGGAAAACACGAGGAGGCCUUGCAAGUCAUCCAGGCCUCAUUUGAAAAGGAAAAAGAAGCCCUUACCCACUCCUUCCAGGAGGCCAAAGCUGCCCUUCAGGAGACCGUAGCAGGACUGACCUCACAACUGGAGGUCUUUCAGGCCAAGAUGAAGAGGGUAGAAGAGUCCAUUCUGAGGCGAAACUAUAAGAAACACAUUCAGGAUUAUGGGAGUCCCAGCCAGUUCUGGGAGCAGGAGCUGGAGAGCUUGCACUUUGUCAUCGAGAUGAAGAAUGAUCGGAUUCAUGAGCUAGACAAGAGGCUGAUCCUCAUGGAAACAGUGAAAGAAAAAAAUCUGAAGCUGGAGGAAAAAAUCACAACCCUGCAACAGGAAUAUGAGGACCUCCAAGUUCGAGCCCGGAAUCAGGUGGUGGUGUCAAGGCAGCUCUCAGAAGACCUGCUUCUGACCCGUGAAGCUCUGGAGAAGGAGUCGCAGGUUCGGCGACAGCUGCAGCAGGAGAAGGAGGAGCUGCUGUACCGGGUCUUUGGGGGCUGACGCCUCUUCUACCUUCGCCCUGGCCUCU